ACAAUUACGAAAGGCCGAUUGCUCUUCACAGGUACCACCGUGGAGGAAAACAGGCCGACAGUGAUCAAGUUCAGCCACAGAUAUUCUGAGGACGUGCACAGGGUGUGUGCUAAGCACAAUUGCGUGCCAUCCAUCAUUGGGACGACACUUCUGCCAAGCAGGUGGAACAUGACUGUCAUGGAGCUCAUCGCAGACCCAUGGGUCAAUAUCGCCGACGCGUACAAUACUCUUCGUGGUCGCAAAUUUUCAAUUGUCCGUGAGCAACUGAAAGCUUUGUUAUCAAUAUUGCGAGAGGGUGGCUUCGUUCACGGCGACCUUCGAGAUACCAACAUCUUGGUGAACACGGACACAAUGAUAAUCAAGGUAGUUGAUUUCGAGUGGGCUGGCAAGGAAGGCGAAGCGCAGUACCCGGCUUUUCUCAAUGUCCGCUCCGUUCAUUGCCCCCAAGACGUCCAGAGUCGCAAAUUGAUCAAAUAUGAGCACGACGAGGAGAUGAUA